AUGGCUCCGCCGCUGCCGAUUCGACGGCUGAUUGAAAAGACCGCCGAGUACGUGGUAAAGAACGGUCCUGAGUUUGAGGAGAAGAUCCGCAAAAACAAUACUGACCACAAGUUCGAUUUCUUAUUGGCUGACGACGAAUGGCACCCGUAUUACCUCGAAGUGCUCGAGGCUGCCAAACAGGAUUCUAAGCCGCUGCUGGACAGUGGCGCCAAGCCUGAGAUCAAACAAGCUCCGCCUGAACUUCAUUUCAUCACUCCGUUACCCACAAUUAGUACUAGGGACUAUGAAGUGGUUAAAUUGGUGGCUAAAUACACCGCGGUCAAUGGUGACGAGUAUGCUACCAAACUCCAAGAACACUACAAAAACGACCCCAUUUACGACUUUAUCCGUGAAGAGCACCAUUUCCAUAAGCUAUUCCGUCGGCUUGUGGAUCAGUACCGCCGGUUAAUUGAGCUCAAUGAGGCUCGUCUUAAUGGCACUCCUAACGAGUAUUUGGACCAGUUGAAGGAGACGGCGAAGGACUUUUCUACAGUGUUCCCUCGAGCUACUGAACGCAGUCGGUAUAUCACCCGUACCAAGGAGGUUAAAUCUGAGGAGAAAGAGGCUAAGAAGAAGCAGUGGCUCCACUUCGCUAGUAUCCCGUGGACGGAGUUUACCGUGGUGGGAGUGGUUGAGUUUACUGAAGUCGAUGAAGUACAACAACUUGACCCGCCAUUAUCGUUGAAGGAGCUCCAGUAUAAGCUGAUUAGUCGCCAAUUGCCAAAGGAAGAUGAAGCUAACGAAGAUGAUAAAGUGGACGAUGAGGAAGAGGAAGAAGUGGUGCCUAAGCUGCUUAAGGGGAAGAUCCGCAAGCAACCGACCAAGGCUAAAUCUUCCUUGCCUACAAGCGAUUUGGUGAAGUGUCCUCUCACUGGUAAGAUGAUCCCUGCCCUGAGAUUUGACGAGCACUUGAGAGCACACUUGCGUGACCCUGCCUACCGUACCGAGAGGGAGAAUUAUAUCCGCAAGAACUUCUCUGCGGGGCUGAAUAUCAGUACCGAUGAUGUGGUGGCCAAUAUCCAGCGUAUGGUCCGUAAACGUGGGUCCGCCGAUGUUGAGGAGUAA